GCUUAAUAUUUAUAUACUAUAUGUGAUCAGUGAAAUCAUUGAAUAUGUCUCAAUUAUUACUGUGCAGAGUGUGCCUAGCCACUAACGUGACUGUUUACAAUAUAUUGAACUCCUGUCUUCAAGAAAUGUAUGAGAAAUUGACGAGAUUACCGCUCCAUGCAGACGACGGCAAGCCAAGCACUGUAUGCUGCAUCUGCUUGGCGUUGCUGCAGAAGAGCUACCAGCUCUGGGUGCAGUCCGUCACCUCUGACCGGCUGCUCAGCAGGCUGCUCGCUACUAACAACGAGCUCACGCAAGACCUGAUUGAACACAUAGACAGACGAGGGCACAAGCUAACAACAAAAUUUACUUUUCAAACGGAGCAUUUCGAUAUAAAACCCAGCGGAGUUUCAGUUGAAGUUGAAGUUAAACCAUUGAAGGAAGAACCUGAAGGUGUGUUAUCAGACCAUGAGGAUCACGAGGACACUGAGGACCACGUGUCCGUUAAAGAGGCACCAUCGGACUCAGAAGAUGACCUUCCGCUGGUCGCCAUCAGCCAGAGGAAGGGAAAGAAGACUGUCACUCAUAAAGACAAGGAGUUCUUAAAAGGCUUCAAAUCCGGCUACGCCCGGGAACUGAUCCUGACCACAGAACAGCAGCUGGCAGAGCUGCGCGCACGUGGGUCCUCCGUUAACUACCUCAACGCGCCGUUCAAGUGCGCGCCCUGUCGGCGGGGGUACGUCGAGCCCGCGGCCUACAGCAACCAUCGGAUAAAACACGACCCGAAAAGCGGAUCCCACGUGUGCGAGAUCUGCACGAUGCGCUACAAAACUGCACGUAAACUGCGUGCACACGUCGUGACUGCACACGAGCGGCGCUACCAAUGCAAUACGUGUUCACACCGCUCACACACCGCGUCCCAAGCGCGCGAGCACGAGAAAUGGCACCGCGGGCACGUGUACGUGUGCCAGCUGUGCGGGCACGCGUCGCGCGCGUCCACCUCGCACCUCACGCACCUGCGCGCGCACCACCGCACGCAGCACGUGUGCGCGCUGUGCGGGGACAGCUUCGUGGGCGCGCACGGCCUGCGCAUGCACGAGGGGAAGGCGCACGCAGAACAUAUACCCGCGCCCGACGACUCGCCGGCGUCGGAGCGCUACUGCGCCGAAUGCGACAUCCAGUUUGUGACGCUCCUCGCUUGGAAGCGACACAUACUCAGCGCCGCCAACCACGCCUUCAAACAAGACAAGGGUGUGUGCGUGAUAUGCGGGCCGGCGUGUCCGGGUGACGGGACGCAUCUGAAAGAAAGCGUGAAGGCGCUCCGCCCUCCCAAUAAAACGCUUACAUUACGGGUCACUACGCUCACUUGUGAACAGUGUGGAUCGUCGUUCGCAAACGGUUCGAAGCUGCAAGCUCACGUGAAGAGGGUCCAUCUGGGCGUGAAAUACAACAAACACGUCGUAUGUGAAGUGUGUGGCAAGAGUUGUACGUCCAACGCCUCACUAAAAUACCACCAGCGCACUCACACCGGAGAAAAACCCUACCCCUGCCAAUCUUGCCCGAAGAGGUUCGCUGACAGCAACCAACUUCGAAUCCAUACUCGUCGGCACACCGGCGAACGUCCCUACUGCUGCCGACACUGCCCGAGGACGUUUACACAGAAACCCGCGCUUAACAGACACUAUAGGGUACACACCGGGGCCAAGCCGUACUCGUGCCAGUACUGCGCCAAGAGCUUCAGCCAGUCAAACUCCUUGAAGCUUCACGUGCGCACCGUGCACCUCAAGAUGCCCGCCAAGAAGAGAGAUGACAAGAAAGACGGACUCAUUUUAGAUAAACUAGAAUGAAUAUUGUGAGACGUGUAAGACGUGGACACUGACACAACGGGACAGAGAGUGAUUGGAGGCCUUUGAAAUGUGGUGUUGGCGGAGGAUGCUAAGGAUUAGCUGGAGAGAGAGGAAGACGAACGAAGAGGUACUGAGCACGGCGGGAGAGAAGAGAUGCCUGUUAGACACAGUAGCUAGCAGAAGCGGCAAGAUGGUUGGCCACCUGAUAUGGCACGACAGAUUCUUUUUAAACAUCCUGGAGGGCAAGAUUUAGGGGAAAAGACGCAGAGGAAGGCCCAGGCUCACAUAUCUCAGCCAAAUAAAAGAUAGAGUUUCUGUCGUAUCGUACGAGGGAGUUUUUAAGGCUGGCCCAGCAAAAAGAAGAGGGGCGAUUACUCCACCGACAAGAGCAUAGCUCUUAAAUACUGAUGAUGAGAAUGAAUAUAUAAAUUAUUAAUCACAAAUCUUCAAAUGCCUCGGUAAUUUUUUUACAUGUUAAGGUUUUCUUUUGUGCAAUAAAGCUUUAAUAAGUCCUGAUUUAACUGCUAGAAAAGUUAGAAACCCCUUGUAUGACAGUGACUGUGUUUGUAACAUAGAGAAAUAUAAGUAAGCAUAGAGUGCUAACUCAAUACAUCAGUUUUCUUACCAAAUCGCGAGUUAUUUUCAUAGUCGACAUCUAGCGUCAAAUAGCGAAUAUAUCAGUAUCGCUACUUGACACCAGAUGUCGCGACUGACGAAAAAUGUACUGCUAAAACAAUGAUUUACAAUUAAUAUUGCAAGCAGAAUUUGCAAAUAGAGUUCCGGUUAUAAUAUUGAAAAUUGUUUAUUAGACUUUUCGUUCGUUGCGGCAUCUAUUGUCAACUAGCAGUACUGCUAAAUUUACUCACUCACAAUUUCACUCACUUGACGCUAGGUGUCGACUACGAAAAUAACUCGCGUUUUGGUAAGAAAACUGAUAUACCUAUGGAGUUAGCACUCUUUCUUUACUUUUAUUUCUCUAUCUGUGGUAUUUAUGUACCUAAGUAUAUUUCGAAUCCUUGUCAUAUGCUCAGCAGUGGGCGACUUAAGGCUAGAAUGAUGAUGAUGAUGAUGUCAUAUUGCAACUAUGGAGUAUUGUGUCAACUCAUUUAAUUAAUGUAGU